AUGAUUAUGUGGGUUUGGGAUCCAAGGGUGAUCAAGCUUUUAGGAGAUGUGCAGGCGUCACAAGAGACUCUUGAAAGUGUGAGAAGAAGCCGCCAGGACCUGAAAGACAGGUACCAGACCGAUCAGGCCAAUCUUAUCAAAAGAUGUGAGAAAGCGGAGGAGGCUGCUGUGAUGGUCCAGGCAAGAGAUAUCAUGCUCCAAAAACUUGGCGUCCCUAUACCGAGUGACGAAGCCGACAUCCGAGAGCUCGAUAGAGACAUGCUUGUCAACCUAGUGCAAGCCAGAAUGAAUGUGUUGGCCGACGAGAAACAGCGGCUGGGUCGCCUAGAAACGGAAAACAGUGAUCAGAUCGCGGAGAUCAACGGACUCAAAGAAACUAUCACAACCCGGUUGAGUAGUGACUAUGUGCCAGGCGUCAGUCGGAGCUUUGAUUCGUUGCUCUUCGAUAAGCAACGGGAGAUCGACAAUUUGCGUAAAGAGAUUCGUGGAGGCGACUUUGGCGAGGAUAUCAAGGCAAAUCACGUACUCCAUCAGGAGAAAGAUGCCGAGCUCAAUGAGCUACGACCUAUGCGUGGGGAAGUUGAGAUCCUAAGACAGGCUCUGGCCGAAGCCAAAGAAGAGAUUACACGAGUCGAAGAAGAGACAAGGGAUAAGGGUGUUGCAGAUCAACGUCGCCGGAACGAAGAGCGAACUAGUCUGCUCAUAGGACGGAGUGAAGAAAUCUCUGUUUUGAAAGACAAACAUGCCAGCAAAGUCACCGCUUUAGAGUUCCGCUUGAAGGAGAGGGUCGAAGAGAUCAACAUCCAGAAAAAUAAGAUCGCUGACCUAAAUGCUCAGUUGCACAAAGCGAAGCGUUCGCUAACUUCAUCUCACAAAACCCAUCAGCCACAGUCGCCUGCCCGCCCAGUUAUCGAAGCACCUAGACAGCGUUUCAAUGGUAUGAACUCCAAGCAGAACACUUUCACAGAAAACGAGGAUUACCUUCGACGAAGCCUGGACGAGAAAGAUCAAGAGUGCAGGGAUUUGCAGCAGAACUUCAUGAUACUUGCAAAGCAGUACAAGGAGAAAGUGGAGGAACUGGAGAAAUUGGAGAGUCAAAUCACAAACGAAAAGGAGCAUUGCGAGAAUGAAAAGAACCUACUGCGUCGACGAAUUGUUGAACUUGAGAGAGCCCUCGAGGUAGCACAGAUUCACGGUUCUCAACCGUCAACUAUUACUGGUCCUACUACGAACGAGCUCCAGUAUGGAUCCACUAUUCCAGAGAGCAGUUCAAAAGCCCAUGAAAUUUCAAAGACGCAGCUCGAGAAACAGAUAGUGGAUCUGCAGGAAGCCAACGAAGCUAUGGCCUUCAUCGAGACGAACUUGCGCACCCAAAUCGCUUCAUUGAGCAAGGACAUACAGGCCAAGGAAGUAAGGGAAGAUGAGCUCUCAACUCAGGUUUCGAAGUCAAGAGAACAGUUGCAAGCCAAGUGUGCCCAAGAGCAAGUUUUGUUUAGCCAGGUCGCGACACUCACCCAGCAGCGCGAUGCCGCCGUCGAAGAGACCACGGGUGUCAAGAAGCAACUUGAGGAAGCCAUGUCCAAGGGCGAGGCUGUUUGGGGUGAGCUACAAGAGCUCAAGGUAGCGAGAAACAAUAACGAAACUGCGCAGAGAAACCAGGAUAUGGGCAAGCUGGAGAAGAGCAACAUCGAUCUCCAGGGGCAAUGUGAUCAACUCCGCCAACAAGGAAUGCACGAGAUCAACAGUCGUGACCGGCAGAUCCAGAAGCUUCGAACUGACGCAGCCACCGGUAGUCAAACCAUUCACGAUCUCGAGCAGCGGCUCUUGGUACUGAAGGCAGAGAACAACACCCAAAGUCAGGUUAUCCGAGCAUUGAAAAAUGAGCUUCAGGCGGAGAAGGAUAGGUAUCUCAUCGAUGUAAACGAUCUCAAGAAUGAUGUCGAUCAUGCGCAACGCGAGACUGAGAAAGAAAAACACGGGCGAAAGGAUGACGUUAGAUUGGCGAGGGAGAGGGAGGCAAAGGCAAUCGACGAGGUGCGACGUGAAAGACAACAAGAGAUUGAUGAUCUGAAGAAUUCUCAAGAAUCAUCAACAAUCAAGAAGCUGCAAGAGAGAGUUGAGUUCUAUCAGAUGGAGAACACUGAUCUCUUGGAAAAUGGAAAAGAGGGUUGGAAGAACCUUCUCCUAAGGAAGAAUCAGGAGAUUCAAAAGAAAGAAUCGGAAAUCAGUUCCGCCAAUAGCCGCAUCCGGCACUGGCACAGACUGUAUAACAUCUUUCACAGAAGGUUCGAGGGCCUUCAAGGGAACAAGGCAUACAAAGAAGGCGAGGUGAGCUAUGCCGAGGCCAGAGCUGGCCUUUUCAUGGGAAAUGAUAGCCACAUCUCGACCGCGAUGGAGAAAUGCGUAAAGUUCACCGAGGACUUGGAAGCUGAGGUAGGAAGACUGAAGGAAGAAGUGGAGAGGUUGCGGAAGUACGAUGAAAAGGUGGUGGAGGAGGAGAUGAAUAUGGAUGAGACGAUAGAGUAA